CGUGCGAUGUGGCACCUGUUUUCCGUAUUAAAGGCUAAAGCAUAAGUGUAUUUUUGUUGUUAAUCAGUUACAGUACUUUACCGUGCUCGUACAUAUAAUUUUUCAUCCAUACUUAUCUUCGUUUUAGUUCGCCGAAGACUUUUGGCAGAAUCUCUUAUAAGUUUUCAUGCCUGAUCCGGCUGAUUGCUGAAUAAUCAUUGGGAAUGGGGAGCCAUUUGCGGGACGUAUUAAUGUCCUGCUUGAUGAUCCUUGCAGGAUCCACCAUACCAUCUAUGGUCCAUGCGAGUGGUGUUUCUUCCCAAGAGCACUGCCUGAGCUUGGGUUUCCACUCCAACUCGCUUCUGUGUUCAUCUUGUGAUAAGUUAACCGAAUUCGAUUUGGAAGAAGAAUUAGGAGCACAAUGUCGGAGUUGUUGUAAAUCCGACGAAGAAGAAGAGGCUGCCGUUACGAAAUUUGCAAGCGCUGUGAUCGAAGUCUGUGGGUGAAAAUUGGGCCGCUAUCCUCAAGUGCAAGCUUUCAUAAAAGGCGAAAAGAUGCAGAGAUUCCCAACCCUGAGCGUGAAGUACGUUCGUGGUGCGGAUCCCAGUGUAAAGCUGUAUAACGAGGAUGGCACUGUGGCCCAAAAUUUAGGAAUUGAGAAGUGGAACACCGAUACCAUUGAGGAGUUUCUUGCUGACAAGCUUCUGUAAAUCUUGCUGAGCCGAUGGAUAACUGCAUUUAUGAAGGCGGUUUUGCAAACCUGAUGGGACAAAUCUGCUGGAUGCUGUGCAGUUCUUACCAGGCAUAUUUUGCAUGCGUGCGUCAUUUUUCAUCCCGACCACCUCAUCUCAGUGUCAGCUCUCUACUAUGUGCGGCACCAGGAAGAGACGUUGGACAGAAUACUUCUAGAAUAACCAGCAGCCCGUUAUACGACAAGCGAUUCCAGUGCUACUUGAUCUUUCUUUUUAAUGUCUUCACCGUUUCGUCCAAAUUUUAUUUGUUGAUACACGUUGCCAUUUUGCAGUAAUCUUUCGUUUGGUAUCGCAACAGGUUGUGAUCGCGUUUUACUGAUACCGAAAAAUGCUUACGCCUCCAGUAGCGUCGUUUGAAAAUUUUCAGAGUUCGUAUGUGUUGAUGGGGUGGCAUCAGUUCUUCCGGAAUUUUGUUCUUCAGUCAUUCAUAGAUGCAUUCGAUAAAACGUUUGGAAAAUGCAAAC